AAUUAUUGAAACCUCGAAUUUUGAUGCGACGAGCUUUCAUCCCACCAGCUUCAUAAACCAAAAAACCAAAUAAAAUGCAGCCGACAAGGUGCCUCCUAAAAGGCCGAUCGGUGUGGAAGGGUCCUCACAUCGUCCCUCUCCCCAUCAUCCGCCCCGCCCCCGGCCAAACCGUCAAGCCCAUCCGCACACAAGCCCGCGCCGCCACCGUGCUCCCCAGCUUCGUCGGCCUGCGCUUCCAGGUCUACAACGGCAAGUCCUACAUCGACGUCGACAUCACCGAGGACAUGGUCGGGCACAAGCUCGGCGAGUUCGCCACAACGAGGAAACCUUUUAUCUGGUCACGAGCUGCUUAGAGAAAAGAAGGCAUGGUGUUAAUGGGCGCACACAAUACCUUCCGGGCGUUCACGGCAAUUACAGAAUAAGAUUCAUGGCGAUCACCAGUUGUGUACAUUUACGUAUUACCACGAAUUCAAAAAGAAGAAAAAAAAUAUUAGUAUGACAUGGAAAGGGAUGUAUAUUUAUGAACAUCUAUCCAUGUGCAACUUGUGCGAGACGUCUGCCAUCCAAUCUUUGUACAGGGCAAGACGUCUUGUUAAGCUAUGCGCGCCCCGGCGCAACAAAGCUCAAUACCUGAAAAUGAAAU